AUGGGUGGUUUACUCAGUUACUUUAGAGGUCUAUUGGGUGCUCGUGAAAUGCGGAUUUUGAUCCUGGGUUUGGACGGCGCCGGGAAAACCACUAUAUUGUACAAAUUGCAAGUGGGAGAGGUAGUGACUACCAUACCGACUAUUGGUUUCAAUGUCGAACAAGUUACUUACAAAAAUUUAAAGUUUCAAGUAUGGGAUCUGGGAGGACAAACCAGCAUCAGACCAUACUGGCGAUGUUACUAUGGCAAUACGGAUGCUAUCAUAUAUGUGGUUGAUUCAGCUGAUAGAGACAGAAUAGGAAUAUCCAAAGACGAGCUUGUUCAUAUGUUACGGGAAGAAGAAUUAGCUAAUGCAAUCCUCGUGGUUCUAGCCAACAAGCAAGAUAUGGCUGGAUGUCUGACUGUUGCAGAGGUACAUCAGGCACUCGGUUUAGAUGCACUUCGAGACAGAACUUUCCAAAUAUUUAAGACCAGUGCAGUGAGAGGUGAAGGUCUCGACCAAGCUAUGGAUUGGCUGUCUAAUGCAUUGCAGGCUAGGAAAUAG